AUGUCUAAACCGAAGCUGUUUGAUGAUGAAUCCGAGGAUGAAGUGAGUCUGAAAACAGAGAAUGAAUAUGCCAAGAAAUACGAUAAGUGGCGCGAAAAGGAAGAACUUUAUAAACUUGAACAAAAAUAUGGCUCCAAAGCAUUAGAUUCCGAUGCGUCAGUGUCAACGGACAGUGAAGAUGAGAGUGAUGAGCCACCGGAGAUUUCUGAGGAGACAGAAACUCAGUUUUUAAAGACUUUAUCCCUGCUGAAGACUAAGGACCCCAGGAUUUAUGACCCUACAUUUAAGUGCUUUGAUGAAAGUGAGAAGAAAGAGCCAGAAAAAGAAGAUAAACCGAAAUCGUUAACGUUCGCCGAUAGUGAUGAUGAUGAUGAAGAUGACGGGAACAUUUUUAGCAUUGAGAAGAAAGCGGAGAUAGUUGACAAUAGCCAGAAGCAGAGGAAAACAUCUGAAACCAAGGAGGGUGUAAUAAAGGAAUACCUGACCGGUAAGGCUGAACACAUAAACGAGGAAGUGGAGAGGGACCUAGCGCCACUCAAAGCUCUUUGGUCGGACCCCAACCUGAAUGAAGGAGAAGCUUUUCUGAGAGAUUACAUACUGAACAAACAAUAUUUAGAAGAAGGUGAUAUCGGCGAGGCCAAGGAUAAAGUACGAGAUGACGAGGACCUGGAAGCUGAUGAGGAGAGAGUUGAAGAACAGGGAAAGUUCGAGAGAGCUUACAACUUUCGCUUCGAAGAACCCGACCAGGAAUAUCUCAAACGUUUCCCCCGCACCAUGAACUACAUCCGCCCAAAAGACGACCGACGUUCUCGCAAACGUACCGAGGUGCGCACGCGCAAGGAGGAAGAGAAACAAAGGAAGAUGGAGGAGAUAGGGAGGCUCAAGGCGCUUAAGCUGAAGGAGAUACAAGAGAAGCUAGCCAAGAUCAAAGAGGUCACUGGAAACGAGGAGUUAGCUUUUAAGGAUGAGGAUCUUCAGAGCGAGUUUGACCCUGACGAACACGAUAAGAGAAUGAAAGAGAUCUUCGACGAGGAGUACUACGGAGAUGCUGAUGAACAUAAACCUGUCUUCCCAGACCUGGAUGAGGAGUUGGAAAUCGAAAACUGGGAUAAGUAUCAGCCUGAACAUGCUGGAGAGGGAGUAGCAGAGGAUGAUGAGGGCCCAAAUUGUGAAGAUGAAGACUUUAAUAUGGACGCCGACUACGACCCAAAGACAGCCCGCGAUAAUCUUCUAGAGGAAGUAAAAAAAACUCUUCAAGGCAAGAAACGGAGGAAUAGAAAGAAGAAGUCCAAACUUGCACAGCUUUUGGAGCUGGAGAAGCCCAAGUUCAUCCCUACAGUGGCUGAAAAGAGUUAUGAUGAGUACAUGGAGGAGUAUUACAAGAUGGACUGUGAAGACAUCAUUGGGGGAGACUUGCCAACCAGGUUCAAGUAUAGACAGGCUGUGCCCAAUGAUUAUGGGUUAACUGUGGAAGAGAUCCUGCUGGCAGACGACAAAGAGCUGACCCAAUGGGUGCCUCUAAAGAAGAUCCUGAAACACCGGCCCGACCACGUGGAAAAGGGGGACGCCAAGAAUUACGCACAGAAGGCAGCGGACGUCAAACUCAAGAGGAAAAUAUUACCCAGCUUGUACAGAGACUUACCCGAAGAUCCUGACAUAGUUGUACCUAUAGAAGAAACAAAAAAGAAAAAAAAGAAGAAGAAAAAGAACAAAAAUAAGCAAACAGAAAUGACAGAGGCAAAUGAAGAACAAGCUGCUGUUGACCAGGAAGUGAAUGAACAUCAAGCUAAUGGUGAACCAGCUGAAGAACAACAUGAAAUUGAAUCUGAAAAACCUAAAAAGAAGAAGAAACAUAAAAACAGAGAUAAAUCAGAAGAGACUAUUACACAGGUAGAACAAGUAAACCCUGUAGAUGAUGGCAAAUUAAAACCAAAUAGGAAAAAGAAGAAAAACAAAUCAGAUGGAGUUGUUGUUGAAGAUGUAUCAAAUGCUGGGCCUAGUCAAGAAAGUAAUGAAAUUACAGUUGACAAUAAUAAGAAAAAGAAGAAAGAAAAACAUAAAUCUGCAAGUAUGAACACAGAUGACUUAAAUAAAGAAAAAAAGGAACUAGUAUCUAGUAAUAAUGUAUCUGUCAAUAAUUCUUUAAAGAAAGAUAAAAAUCUGAAACGUAAAGGCAAUUUUGCUGAAGCGGAAAAGCCGAGUAAUAAGAAAACGAAAUUCAAUAACAAGAAUUCGAAACAAAAUGGUGGAUUUAAUAAUAAAAACAAAGGACCUGUCAAUCCUCUUGUUAACAUAUCUGAUGAGAGACUUAAAGCAUUCGGCUUAAACCCUAAAAAGUACAAGAAUUUUUUACACUUCAAGAAAUAUUAG